CGCGGCCGGCUGGUUUCCGGUGGAGCCGUCGCGGAGCGGCUAUCGCAGAGUGGAGUGAGGUAGCGAGCUGAGCCCUCCGGACGCUCGGUACCCCAGCAGCCUCGCCCUGCGCCAGUCCGGCUCGCGCCGCCGCCCGUCCUCAGAAAACCAUGGCGUCUGGCAGUAUGGCAGCCAGUGAGGAAGAACGGAGUCUCCGGGAAUGCGAGCUCUAUGUGCAGAAGCACAACAUUCAGGCCCUGCUGAAGGACUCCAUCGUGCAGCUGUGCACUGCACGGCCCGAGAGGCCCAUGGCUUUCCUUCGGGAAUACUUUGAGAGGCUGGAGAAGGAGGAGGCAAGACAGAUUCAGAGUCUACAGAAAACCGGCAUUCGUACUGACUCGAGGGAGGAUGAGAUCUCUCCUCCACCCCCCAAUCCAGUGGUGAAGGGCCGCCGGCGCCGCGGUGCUAUCAGUGCUGAAGUUUAUACUGAGGAAGAUGCUGCGUCCUACGUUAGAAAGGUUAUACCAAAAGAUUAUAAGACAAUGGCUGCUUUAGCCAAGGCCAUCGAAAAGAACGUGUUAUUUUCACACCUUGAUGAUAAUGAGAGAAGUGACAUUUUUGAUGCUAUGUUUCCAGUCUCCUUUAUUGCUGGAGAGACGGUUAUUCAACAAGGUGAUGAAGGGGAUAACUUCUAUGUGAUUGAUCAAGGAGAAAUGGAUGUCUAUGUCAAUAAUGAAUGGGCAACCAGUGUUGGGGAAGGAGGGAGCUUUGGAGAGCUGGCUUUGAUUUAUGGAACCCCCAGGGCAGCCACUGUUAAAGCAAAGACAAACGUGAAACUGUGGGGCAUCGACCGAGACAGCUACCGGAGAAUCCUCAUGGGAAGCACUCUGCGAAAGAGGAAGAUGUAUGAAGAAUUCCUUAGUAAAGUGUCCAUUUUAGAGUCUCUGGACAAGUGGGAGCGUCUCACAGUGGCCGAUGCAUUGGAGCCUGUCCAGUUUGAAGAUGGACAGAAGAUCGUGGUGCAAGGAGAACCAGGGGAUGAGUUCUUCAUUAUUUUAGAGGGCACAGCUGCUGUGCUGCAGCGUCGGUCAGAAAACGAAGAGUUUGUUGAAGUGGGAAGACUGGGGCCUUCUGAUUAUUUUGGUGAAAUUGCCCUGCUGAUGAAUCGUCCUCGGGCUGCCACUGUGGUUGCCCGUGGCCCUUUGAAGUGCGUUAAGUUGGACCGACCUCGGUUUGAACGCGUCCUUGGCCCAUGCUCAGAUAUCCUCAAGCGAAACAUCCAGCAGUACAACAGCUUUGUGUCCCUGUCCGUCUGAGAUCUGCCUCCUGUGCCUCUCUUCUCCCCAGUCCAUGCUUCACUCAUGCAGACUGCUUUCUCUUCCCUCUCCGCAGCGCCAAGUGGCCACUGGCUUCACAGCUUCUUGUCUCUUUAUACUAAAAGUUGCUUUAUUGCACCAUUUUUCAUUGGGAGCAUUAUUGAAUGCUCAUUCACAAAUAAAUAGAGAGUUGUAUGGA